AUGAAGACAGAGUACUUAAAAAUCAACAAACCUGAAGCCAGAAAUGUUGCGUUGCCAGUGGUGAUGACAAUUGCUGGUAGUGAUUCUUCUGGAGGAGCAGGAAUUGAAGCCGAUUUGAAAACAUUCAGUACAUUUGGAGUCUAUGGAGCAACUUGUAUCACUGCUUUAACAGCGCAAAAUACCAAAGGGGUCAAAUCAAUUGAAAAAACACCACGGAAAUUACUUGCAGAAAUCUUGAAUGCUAAUUUGGAAGACUUUUAUGGGUAUGAGAAUGCACCAUUAAAAGUGGUGAAAACUGGGAUGCUAACUAAAGAAGCAAUUGAGGAGAUUGUGAAGUGCGAUAUAAAGGUCAAGUUUGUGAUUGAUCCAGUAAUGGUUAGUACUUCCGGUAGUCAAUUGUUUGAUUUGGAUGGGAUUAAAUAUUGCGUUGAAUGUUUAAUGAAGGAUGCUUACUUAAUCACCCCAAACUUACCAGAAGCUAAAGCAUUGUACGGGUUGUUCAAAAGUCCUUACGAAAUAACCAAUGUUGAAGAGUUUAAAAAGUUUGUUGUUGAUCUACAGAGCCACCUCUUAUGCAACAACUUGUUGGUAAAAGGUGGUCAUAUACCAUUUGACAAAGAAGGAAAUGUGUCCAAAAACGGUUCCCAAGUGAUUGAUAUUUUGUACGAAAGUGAGUCUCAAAUAUUGACUCUUUACAGCUCCGAGUACAUCAACUCUGAAAACACCCACGGUACUGGGUGUACGUUGGCCUCAGCAAUUGCAGCAAAUCUCACCAAUGGGAAAAGUCUCACUGAUUCUGUUACUAUCUCCAUUGAUUUCAUUCACAAGGGAAUGUUGCAAAUGACAAAGUUGGGCUACGGAAAUGGACCGUUGAACCAUAAUUUGACUCCAUGUACACAAGUGUCUCAUUUGAUUGAAGUAGGUGGUAAUGAAGUUUUAAAAUUUGAUGACAACAACACCUUUGUUGAUUACUUGUCAUCCCAUCCACGAGUGAAACAAACAUGGCAAAAAUAUGUCGAACAUCCAUUUGUUAAAAGGUUGGCAGAGAACACUCUACCAUUUGAGAGUUUUUUUUACUAUUUGAAACAAGACUACCAUUAUCUCAUCAUAUAUGCUAGAAUGCAUGGACUAUUGGCCUCAAAAGCCCCUACAUACCAACAGACACAUGCAGCGGCAACAAUAAUCGGUGAAAUCAUCACUGAAAUUGAACAUCACAAAAAGAGGCUCAAAGCAUACAAUGUAGAUUAUGAAAGAGACAUUGAAGAGUUGAAGCCAGGUAAAGCUUGUGUGGAGUAUUGUGAUUACUUGCUUAAUAUAGGUCAAAAAGAGGACUUCUUAGGAAUAAAAGUUUCCUUAGCUCCUUGCUUACAUGGGUAUGCUGAAGCAGGGGCCUAUGGUAGAAAAUUGAGAGCAGAAAAUCCUGUUGAAAUACCUGACAUAUACGAAGGAUGGUUGAAUGAGUAUGCUUCAGAUUGGUACUCAAAGGCCGACAAAGAAGGACGAUUGGCCCUCAAUGCUCUAGUUGUAGAUGGAAUAACCAGAAUCCGUGCAGAGGAGCUAGUUGAUAUUUUCAAUACCGUAUCUCAAUUGGAGAUCGCAUUUUGGAAUGAGGUGUUAGAUAUUUAG